GUGUGUUUCCCGUUAAGUUGUCUCACAAAACACACUACUAUUACAUCAAUAUAUUAAUCAUGACUUCAGUUUCCAAUCUAUUGAACGCUUUGCUAUUACUUACAUUUAUUAAUUACAUUUCAUCACAGAUUGAUUCAAAUGAAUCGCCUAAAACUCGCAAUGAUGUAAUUCAGGGGAUCGACAACAGAAGAGAAAGUAUUAAAUAUGUGAUGAAUGUGUUGAACCGUUUGGACAGAAGUCUUGAAAAUAUAGAGGAUGCAAUGGAAAUAAAAAGAGAUUAUAGUAAUAUUCAGUAUAAGUCAGACAGUAAGAGAUGUUUGAGUGGAUUACCGGGCGGUGAUUGCACCAGCGAUUUGGGUGAUUGGGCUUACAUUCCCAACAGAAAUCCCGGCAAAAGGAGCGUAAGGGGUCCUCAGAGUGAGGGCUUACGGCUGAAGAGGAAGAAGUGUAUCACAGGAAUACCUGGCGGUGAUUGUGAUGUAGACGUGGGUCCGCCCGUAACAGAGGUUCACAGAAAUCCCGGUAAAAGAAGUGUUAAAUGUGUUAUGUUUGGCGUCGGUUGCGAUAAUGACUACAGAUUUGGAUCCUAUUAGAGAACCUAAUGCCUAAUGUUUAGGUGAUUUUGGCUCACAUUUGGCUCAAUAAAGCAUUCGAAAGCAAAUAAAAAAUAAAAAUUAAUAUUUUUAUAAAUUAAAUGUUUAAAUAAAAUAAAAAUAAUCGCAAAUUUCUGAUAUAUGAGUCCACUUUUAAAUUCAAUAAAUAAGUGGAUUCGACAUUGAUCAUUGGUUUUAAUAUAAUUUAAAAAUUUAUAUUUUUAACAAAGAUUUGUA